AUGGAGCUUAUCAACGUCUCGACCGGCCUGCCGUGGUUCUGGACCAUUGUCGCGACGACCGUCCUCUCCCGCGUCGUCCUCUUUCCAUUCUCCGUGAAGCAGAUGCAAGGCACCGCGGCCCUCGCCCCGCAUCAAGCUGAGAUCUUGGCCAUUCGCGACGAGAUGGCCGCUGCGCAAAAGAAGAAAGACAUGCUCUCGAUGCAGCGUGCGGCCCUCAGGCAGAGGAUGAUCUACGAAAAGGCUGGCGUAAGCGUCGUUGGGAUGAUGAUCGCGCCGUUCGUGCAGCUGCCGGUGACGCUGGGCAUGUUCUUCGGCGUGAAGACACUAUGCGACCUGCCUCUGGAACAGCUGAAGUGGAGCGGGUUCGAGUGGCUCCCGGAUUUGACAGCCGUAGACCCUACGUGGACGUUGCCCAUUCUUGCGACUCUACUCAUGAAUGUCCAGCUUUCGGUGACGAUGCGUGACCUUGUUGGCUCAACACCGCAGAUGGGCCAUAUCAUGAACCUCCUCCGCCUGCUGACGACUGGUUCCGUCUUCCUUCUCGCGAACCUCUCCAACGGCGUAAUCGUCUACCUCAUUACGAGUAUUACCACCAUGACCGCUCAGUCGCUCCUCCUCCGCCAUCCCGCCAUCCGCCGCGCGCUCCGCAUCCCGCUCGUCCCGGAGAAGCUGCGCACCCCGCCGCCGACAAUGCGCGAGUCCGCGCAGUACGCGCGCCAGUGGUGGAGCGACAAGAUGGCAGAGGCUCGGGCGGCCGAACGGGCUGCCAAGAGGCGGUGA